CGGCAGCUGCCUACGUUAAGUCCCCGAGUGCUGCAGAGAGCGUUUAUACCUGAUAUCAGCGUUUAUAAAAGAGAAUUUAUCCGCGUUCUGAAACAUCGACACACACAACGACUCGCUUCGUGUCCUUUGCUAAAGAUGAUUUUCGGCCAUCGAAGACCGCGUGCCACUAAAUCGUGAUACCCAGUUAGCUCUGAUAGCUAACGUUAGCACGUCCAGCUAAUCUCCUUGCUUUAGAUAAUCCCAGUCUCAACUAGCAUCGUUAUCAUAUUGGAAGUCGGUUGGACGUUUUUCUAGCAAAGUGUUAAUGGUAAAAGACGCCUAUGGACCGAGACUAAUGUCUGGAUAACCUGUUUGGACUAUUUGCAGCACUUUUUCCUCCCCUUAAGUUAAACCACAGUAGAGAAAGAAGAUGGAUCUGCGCCUCAAUCGAGUUGAUUAUAUUCAGGUUGGUGUGACAUCUCAGAAAACUAUGAGGCUGCUUCCUGCACUGGGAAAAAAGGCAACCCAAAAGGUUGCUAUUGCCGAUCAUGACGGCAUACUCACAUGUUUUGGCAUCAAGAAAGGGGAAGCAGUGCCUGUGUUUAAAACACUUCCCGGGCAGAAGAUAGCCAGAAUGGAUCUUGGAGGCGCUGUGGGAACUCCCCAAGAGAAGAUCUUUGUCUGCUCUGGUUCUCAGGUCCGAGGAUUCACUAAGAAAGGCAAACAGUUCCUCACUUUUGAAGCCAACCUAACCGAGAGCAUUAACGCCAUGCAUGUCUCAGGCGCUGACCUUUUUGUGUGUGCAAGUUACAUCUACAACCACUACUGUGACUGCAAAGAUCAGGACUACUACCUCUCUGGAGACAAGAUCAAUGACAUCACAUGUUUGUCCUCAGAAAACCUCACUCACCUCAUCCCAGUCCUGGCAUGCCAAGAUCGAGUUCUCAGAGUCUUGCAGAGAUCUGAACUUGCCUAUGACAUUGAAAUUCCUGGCCCUCCUUCUGUCUUGGAGCUGUAUAAAGACAAUGGAGAGGAAAUUCUCUAUGGAACCACAGAUGGAAAAAUAGGAUUGGUUGAGAUAGGUGAGCGUUCAGCUGCAACCAAAUGGGAGAUUGACAAUGACAAGAAGAAAGGAGGAAUUCUUUGCAUUGACACCUACGACAUUAUUGGUGACGGAGUGAAUGAUAUCCUGGUGGGCAGGGAUGAUGGGACCGUUGAGGUCUAUGGUUUUGACAGCUCCAAUGAACCCACAUUACGCUUUGAGCAUGUAUUGUCAGAGAGCGUGACCUCCAUCCAGGGUGGUUGUGUAGGGAAGGAGUCUUAUGAUGAGGUUUUGACUGCCACCUACACAGGAUGGGUGACUGGUUUGACCACCGAGCCCCAGAAGGCAGAGGCCGGCCCUGGCGAUGAGGUCAGGAUGAGUAAGGAGACACAGUCUAAAGUAGAAGCACUCAGGGCAGAGCUGGAGCAGCUGCAGGUCAAAGUCCUGCAGGGACGUGAGCAAUACCAGCAGACCUCUCAGUCAAGCACGGCUGUCUCUGCUGUCCCAGUCUUCAGCAUCAAUGACAAGUUCACUCUCUGCCAGGACGAUGCCAGCUACAGUCUCACCCUAGAGGUGCAGACUGCCAUCGACAACCUGCUGCUGCAGAGCGAUGUCCCCAUAGACCUGCUGGAUGUGGAUAAGAACUCGGCUGUUGUCAGUUUUAGUGAAUGCGACUCAGAGCAGCCCAAUGGGAACUUCCUCCUGGCCACUUACAGAUGUCAGGCCAACACUACCCGAAUUGAGCUCAAGGUGAGGUCCAUUGAGGGACAGUAUGGGACCCUGCAGGCGUAUAUUACCCCAAGACUACAACCUAAGACCUGCCAGGUCCGCCAGUACCAGAUCAAACCUCUGUCCCUCCACCAGCGGACUCACAGCAUAGACCAAGACAGGCCCAUGAACAGGCUGAGUCUGGUGGGGCAGUUCAGUUUUGCAGAGAUCCACUCCUGGGUGGUUUUCUGUUUGCCAGAGGUGCCUGAGAAAACACCAGCGGGAGAGAGCAUCACGUUUUAUUUCCACAACACGUUCCUCGGCACACAGCUUGAAGCCACCUACUGCAAAGGGGAAGGUCACUUCAAGUCUGACAACAUCUCUACCAUCUCCAUACUGAGUGAUGUUCUGUCUAAAGAAGCUACCAAGAAGAAAAUCAAUCUCAACAUUUCAUAUGAUAUCAAUGAUGACUCUGUGAGCCAUACCCUUAAGAUGAUCCAUCCAAAGCUGGAGUACCAGCUGUUGUUGGCUAGAAAAGUUCAGCUCAUCGACGCUCUUAAAGAGCUUCAGGUUCAUGAGGGGAACGCCGAUUUCCUCAUUCCAGAGUAUCGCAACAUCUUGGAUGAAUCGGCUAAUCUCCUCGAUGAGUACAAGAAACAGCCAGCACACCUUGAAAGGCUUUACGGAAUGAUCACAGACCUCUUCAUCGACAAAUUCAAGUUCAAGGGCCAGAAUGUAAAAACCAAGGUGUCCUCAUUGCUGGAGAUACUUGAUAACUAUGACUUAAAUUUGCUUUUAGAUUUUUUUAACGAGGCAUAAGCUUCAGAUAGGAUAGAUCAGAGGGUGUUCAUUUACUUGUCUGUGAGGGUUUGUGAUAUUUUUGUAUGUUAACAUGUUUGUUUCAUGGUAAUAUCUGUGUUAAUUAUGUAUAUUUAGUUACUGUUUGUCAUAACUACCGAGCACAAUAUUUAAAUAUUUAUGUCUGAAAGCAACUGCUAUAAAGUUGCCAGUGAAUAGCUGACAGCUGACAUUUGAAGUGACCAAAUAUGAGGCUGUUAAAGUCACAUGUAAUGUAUAUUUUUAUGUUACGAUUUUCAUAGGACUGUGAUGUUCAUCUCUUAAAAUAAAAAUGAAAUGAGAA